CUGAGACAACAUUGAAGCUCUCCCAGCAACUGAGGCCAGAAGCUCUCCAGUGAGCUCUUGGUCGUCCUGGUGUUGAGGUCGUUGUCUUACAGCUUCCUCGCGAGCUCAUUCACUCUCUGUUGUUGUUGCUCGCUGAUCACUUCCGUGUCGCCUUCAGCAUGUCCCCAGGUUCGCAACGAAGGCUUCCGGAGACGAGAGGAGAUGUAGAGCACCGCCUGGGCCUUCUGCAGGAUCAGGAGAGCAACGGGAGGAUUAUCGCCUUUGAUCAGAGUCAAGAUCAUCAAGGAAUCAUCACCACCGGAAUGAAGAAUGAGAAGAACUUAAACGUCGAAAAUGAUAAAAGGAACAACGAAAAUCGUGAUGAAAAAGAACCCAUGAUAAAAGAUAGGAAUGGAAGAGACGAGAAUCAGGAAGAGAAAGAAUCCAUCAUAAAAGAAAGGAAUGAAAGAGGCGAGGAAGAGAAAGAACCCAUGAUAAAGAAAGGGAAUGAAAAAAGCGAGAAUCAGGACGAGAAAAAACACACAACAAAAGAAGGGAAUGAAAGAGGCGAGAAUCAGGAAGAGAAAGAACCCAUGAUAAAGGAAGGGAAAGAAAAAGGCAAAGGAAAAGACGAAAGAAGAAACAGUAAUAAAACACAAGAAGAGGAAGAGAGACCGACUGACCACGGAAAACGGGGUCUAGACCGGCAACGUAGAUACAGGGACCUUCUAGCGUAUUGGCUACUCGGUUUUUGUAACAAUUUCACGUACUGGGUUAUGAUCACGGCCGCCUACGACCUACUCACGCCCGAGACACAACAAAUGUACGUGGAGAGAUCGCAAGACCAAGGACACUUAACGGACCUACAGCAGGCGAGCUUCUACAGGAAUCCUACAGCUGCUCAAGGCGAAGGAGGAGGAGGAGGAGGAGAAGGAGGAGGAGGAGAAGAAGGAGGAGGGGCGUCUUGGCCAAAUGUGUCUUCGCAACUCUCCGUUGUCAACACCUUCAAGUGUCAGAGACAUUCUACUGGGGCAAUCCUCAUCGCUGACACCCUGCCUGCCACAGCCCUCACCCUCGCAGCACCUGUGGUACUACUAGUCGCUGUGAACCUACGAGUGGCGUUCAUUUGCAGCCUUUGUGUUGCUUCUUACCUUACGCUAGGCCUUGCACCUCCUAAGUUCGUGUUCCUGGGUGUGGCACUGGCUUCGGCUUCGAGGGGUUUCUCCGAUACGACAUUCCUCGGACACGCGUCUCGGUAUCACAAACACGUCCUCUCGGUCUGGUCUUCGGGCACGGGAAUCGCCACCUUCAUGGGUCCUCUCCUAUACGCCUCUCUCACCACGGCAGGAGUCGAUCCACGGCGCGCCCUGCUCUCCUUCCUCAUGGUCCCCGCUGUCAUCGCAUUGAGUUUUUGUUGCGUUCUGAGCAACCACGAAGACCGCAGCGCGAGAUCGGACGUGGAAAAGGUGCUUGAGGUCGAGAGAGAUUUGCCGAAGAAGAAAAGUAUGGCCGUUAAGAUUCAAGAGAAACUCGAUCUCUUCAUGAGAGCGCAAAAAUACAUCUUUCCCUUAUCCGUUUUCUACAUGAUGAUGUACUUAACGAACCAGGGUUUGCUGGAAAUGGUAUUCUUCCCCGGGUCCAUCCUGACACACGCGCAGCAGUACAGCUGGAGCAACACGACGCGCUGUCUGGGCACUCUGAUCUCCAGAAGUGCCCACAAGUUCUUCCUCAUACCCAAUGCAUGGAUAUACAAUGGGCUAGCUCUGGCGAUACUCGUCGCGGUGGGUACAGAAGCCUAUUACCAUUACCUUCCCUCUGAGUACAUCGUCUUCUCACUGUUAUUCCUUCAAGGACUCCUAGAGGGCGCUGCCUUCAGGACUACUGUGUUUAGGAUACAAAACAAGACAACUGAAAAAGAACAAGAGUUUUGUCUCGGUGUCUUUCCAGUAUCACUGUUUCUACCUGCAGUGCUUGCCGGUCUCGCAUCUCUCCCUAUACAUGACUAUCUGUGCGCGAAUCACUUGUACGCUCAGUAGAUCCCCGUUUUAAAGAAGAGGAAAAUAAAAACAAGGACAAGAAAGGAUGUAUUUGUUCUUGCCUACUGAUUUUUUUAUCUGAAUUCAUAAGGCAAAAGGAGAAGCAAGUUUAUGAACAUAUUGAAAGAUGUAAUUUAGAGUGUCUUUAUAAAAGCCUUCGUGUUUUAAGGUCGAUUUGUGUUGGGUUAAAACUGAUAUAAGCACAUUGCUAUACGUAUUAUAUUAGAUUUAUGGAUUACUAACAUAAUGCUAUGUUCUCAUUGCCAUCCAUUGUAUCUUUUGUAACUUUACUUAGGAAUUGAAAAUGUCUUAUUCUGUAAAUAGUUUAUUCAAAAGCAAACUUGUCUAUUAUUCUUGCUGGAGACAUAACUUAUUAAAUAAAUAGAAACUGCUCAUAUAUCUAUUCAAAACAAAAUGUUAUCUCUUCAUGCAUAUUUCACAGAAAAGAUGUUAUUUUACCAUCUCGUCCCUUCAUUAACAUUAGUCAGCAUUUCUCUCUUCUGAUGAUGAUGUAUUACUGAAUAUAGUAUAUUUUUAAAUUCAUGAACACGUGUACAAAUGUCAAAGUACAAAUUAUCAUUUUCGUUCUAAAAGUUAAAAUACUACUUGAAUUGGAAUUAUAAUUUUAUGAGAAAAAGAAAAAUGAAGUUAACUGUUGUGACCUCAUGAAGAUGUGAUACUUUAACGUCUAAUGCAUUUUGUUUUUCAGUUAGAUAUCUAGAUGAAUGUUCUUUUUACUUUAAGUCUAGACAGACUAUAAAUUUAAAUAUAUAAUAAAAAUAAAAGUUACUUUAUAA